AUGCCGGGGCUCGUCGCGGUAGCGGCGCUGGAGAGGCAGAUCUUUGAUUUCCUGGGCUACCAGUGGGCACCCAUCCUGGCUAAUUUUUUACACAUCAUGGCCGUUAUUUUGGGUAUUUUUGGGACCAUCCAGUACAGAUCCAAAUACCUCAUGAUGUACGCGGUGUGGCUGGUGCUGUGGGUCGGCUGGAACGCCUUCAUCAUCUGCUUCUACCUGGAGGUCGGACGCCUGUCGCAGGACCGAGACUUCAUCAUGACCUUCAAUACCUCACUGCAUCGCUCGUGGUGGAUGGAGAACGGGCCAGGCUGCCUGGUGACGCCGGUGAUGAACUCCAACCUGGCGCCCGAGGAUCAUCACGUCAUCACCGUCAGCGGCUGCCUGCUCGACUACCAGUACAUCGAGGUAGUGAGCAGCGCCACGCAGAUAUUCCUGGCGCUCUUUGGCUUCGUCUACGCCUGCUACGUCAGCAAAGUGUUCCUGGAGGAAGAAGACAGCUUCGACUUCAUCGGUGGGUUUGACUCCUACGGCUACCAGGCGCCACAGAAGACGUCGCACCUACAGCUACAGCCGCUCUACACGUGA